AUGUUGUUUCUACUUCACAAGGCUCGUCGCCCGCUCGGCGACCGUCCGUACGCUAUGAAGGCCUUGAAGGACGCCAAGCGCAUACUCAUUCAGGGUAACGACACCGACUGUGGAGUGUUCGUGUGUAUGUACCUGAACGGACUGGUCAGCACGGGAUUCAAGACGGUGUUUACCUGGGUGUCAUGCAACGGCGUCACAUCACGCACCUACAGGAGAGGCAUGCGCAGGGAUGUGGCCAGUCAUGCAGUGGGGGAGCUGUUUGUGCAGCUGUACAUGGAGGAAGUCGAGGUGCUGCCCCAGCCGCAUGCGCGUGUAGACGACGACGGUUGCAUGCUGUUUCCAACGGAGGACGAGGUCAGAACGGACCUGGCGCAGCUGUCCCCCGAUAGGAACAGCAUGGAGGUGGAUGGUGUCCUCUUGGCAGCCGCCGUAAUGAGUAUCGCCUCAGCGCUUGGGUUCACCCAGGAUCAGCUGGAAGCGGCGUGUGCCCAUGAGUUGGGUUCGCCUUGGGGGUACUUGAAGGAGGAGGACGCGGCGUAUGCGUACGCCGCUGGCGCGUUUGUGAUCAGACGGAAGGACCACUUCCCCAAGAUGAUGUCAUUGUCAGAUGCGGAGAUGGCUGCACUGGAGGGGGCUAUCGUGGAUGACGUUAGGCAUCUUGUACAGAAGCGCAAAUGGUACAGGUGGAGGGAGUGGCGUAAAGCCAUGGACUACAUUGGUGUACUGCCAGGAACACCCUUCAAGCCGGAGCCAGGUGCGGAGUCGCCUCCAACGAAAGCAGAGGCAGCUGAUAGCGAUACUCGAGAUGCUGAAGAAGAUGAGGAUCUGGUGAGCGAGGAUGACAAUGGGGGAGAAGACACGUCGACGCCCCCUCGCGACGCGAGAGAUGAUCGGGAUGGCUCGAGCUCUUCGUCGCGCGAGACGACGUCGAAUCGCCGCAAGGCUGGAACGGCCCGGUCGCAGGAGGAUGCGCGCACCGCGCGGAGUGGAAAGAGGAGCAGGGACCCAGACCUAGAGGACGAUGAAGGGCGUGAAGAACCUGCAGCGACGGGCCCGGGCCCAGUGUCGUCAGACGACGACCCAAACGAAGCUCUUCCAAGGGUCAAUCCGCGCGUCGACGGCGACGAAGACGCCACACAGGAGGAGGCCUCAGAUUCCGCGCCCGUGACCAGGGCGGAGAUGACGGCGCUGCGCAAGAUGCAGAUGGACACGGCAGCUACAAUGGCACGGCUGGAGACGGCACUGCUGGCCUCGCUGGCCAACCACCAGGCGAAGAAGCGCAAACGUGACAACGCAAGAGGCGAGUGCGACAGGGUCAACCCACGUGCGGACGUCGAGCUCACCGAUCCUGCAGUGUGCGCUGAAGAAAUCUGCGAGCAGCUGUGUGUGCAUCCCUUCAUCAACACUCCAGACGCGCAGAUGCCGUUCUACCCCAGUAGUGCGGCGAAGAGUGCCGGGCUAUGCGCUGUAAUUGAGCGUCUGACUCCCACCUUUGCUGCUCUCGCAAUGGCUGCGGACAAAGCGUGUCGCGCUGACCUGAACCGUACGCUGAGCGAUUGGAAGACGGCGGCCGCGGGCAAGGUGCGAGACAUCGCUCUGCCGAAGCUGGGACUUUUCCGCGACGAGAGGGACGCGAGCAGCCCGUGGGCUGCACCAAGGGCCCGGUCGGCUGCGAGAGUUCAGGAGCGUCUUCUUCUGACGCUCGAUGGGGAGGGUAAGGCUGUCAACCUGGUUGGUUUUUGCUUGGGCGGUUGCAACAUAAUGACGCACGUAUGGCCGGAUGGUUGUUGUGCAGACCACUUCGUGAUCUCCAAGUGGAGCGAGGACAGGCGCGGCAUGCCAUUUGCGUCGGGCGCAUUUGCUGCUUGCGCUCGCGCGGCGUUCAGGCCCCGGAUGGUGAACGGGACGCUGACGUUGAAGCUGUAUCACAUGGCGUGGCUCGAACACGUGGUGACCGACGCGAUCCGCUUCUGGGACACCCGCAAGGGCAGGCUCUCGAACUCUGCGGGUGUCAACGCGCAGAUCGUGGACGGCCUCCGCGAGUGCGCGCUCGUGGACGUCAUGGCUGCCAUCGAGCAGUACCAGCUGCAGUACGACCCCACGACGUCGUCGUGGGCGUGGGGCCGCCAUGGGCUGCGCUUGUCUGCGGAUGGAGUUGAGAGGCAGGAGCCCGCCAAGCAGGCACACAGCGAGAGCGACGGCUAG